CCUUUUUUUCUCUCUUUCCCCCCCUCUUCCCCUCUCGGGAGCAAACAAGAAAGGCCCCCUGCUGUCUCGCGCUAUGGAUCGCGGCCGAUCGUCAUCCAACAUCCGCCAGUAUGAUCCCCUACUGGCGGGGGCACCUACUGGGCAAGCGGUGCUCUACCAUGACCGGGGGCUGAUCCGCGCGGCACAGGCACGGCCGAUGCAUCGGAAGCACUUGCGUGAGCUGCGAUUCCCUCCGGCGCCGGAACAGCCGCCAGGGGAGGCCCCUUUGUCCCGGCGCGUGGCGGUCCGGUCGCCUGUGACCUCGGCCCUGACGCCAGGUGACUUUGGGCUGUCAGCCGAGGCGCCGGCCCCGGCCCCGGUAUGCGCCCCUCCGCCACCAUCACCGGCCCCCCCUCCACGGCGCCGGGAUCCCACCCCCGACGACGCGGCCAAUGCGGCGCACAUCCUCCACACGAAGAGUCUCUUCCUUGGCCGGCUGGUCCCUGCAUUGGACACCUUCGACCUGGAGGGGUUCCUUACGGCUGCCGCCGGCCCGGUGGAGCAUCUUGACCGGGUGGUGGACCAGCGCGAUGGGUCCCUCCGGCCGUAUGCUUUCGUCACAUUUCGCUACGCCCACCAUCGGGACCGGCUAUACCACGCAGCGGACGCCGGGUCCGGGCUGCUUCCCCUGGGCAACGGCUUUUCCAUCUUGGUGGAUGCGGUGCGCGGGGCCGGGCCCCGUAUGGAAGCCCCGGUCGAGGGCUGCCCUGGCCGCCGGCGUACCCGGCUGGCGGACACCCUGAUGCCGGGCUGGGUGCCACGACGCCUGGGUGGCGGUCUCGGGGGGCGCAUCCAGAGCGGGCAACUGCGCUUUGGCGGCCGGACAACGCCUUUCCGCUCGGGCCCGGUGGCGCCCCGACGGGGGCCCCCCUUCCGCACUCGCCCGCGCUAG